CGCGUGAAAGGCAGCGUGAUGGUCGUGGCGCAUUGGAUCUUUAAACAGUCGGUGCCAAACGCAGACAAGGAAAGAAUCGAAAGGAGGAGGGAGAUCACGCAUUUACCCCUGCUGACUCUCCAUUUGACAGAAGCCAAUGCAGAGAGGCGCACUCAGAUCACUACAGACAACCUUCUGAGAGAAAACGCCGCAUGAAAUCCCACCUAUUAUGUAGGCUACACAACUCGUUUGUCUUUUUUUCUUUCCUCUGGACAAUUUUACGCACCCCGGAAGACUAAAGAAAACGCCGCAGAGAUGAGUGUUGCGCGGUCUGGUGUGCUUCUGAAGGAUUCCCGCUCCUGAUAUAGGGACCAAAGAGGACAAAACGAGGCUUUUUUUUUUCUCCCUAAAGAAGAUCGCAAAUGUGGAGCGAUUAGAAAAGGGCUGAUGAAGGGACUAUUAAUCCUUUCAGUGCAUCAAAAGCACCAAGGGGCAUUAGAAGCGUUUGGAUGGAAAUCGGAACUGUUUUUGGUUUUAUAUGAAACUGGUGAUUAAUUCUUAUGAGUUUUUUUUUCUUCUCUUCAACUUCACAGAUUUAAGGAGGGUUUUUUUCUUUCUUCCUUCCGGUAAGAGGUUUUAUAAAAGUGUGAAUUAGCAAGAAAAAUCCUUCUCAUCUUUGACUUUUUUUUUCUUCAAGUUUUUUCUAAAUCUAAAUGGAAUUAGUUGAGUGUGAAGCCGUUUGUGAAAGAAACAGACAUGGUACAUGGGCACAGCUUCCUUCACGUUGUGGCAAGUCUACUCAUACUCGGGUUGUCUGGGGCAACAAAAAAGGAUACGGCUACAGUGAAAAACAAUUCUGGAGUAAAGCCUGCAGGUCAGUGUGGAGCGUGGGUAAAAGAAGCAGAAGGAGGACUCUUCACCUCCCCCAAUUACCCAAACAAAUACCCCCCCAACACAGAGUGUGUUUAUAUCCUUGAAGCUCCCCCAAGACAGUGCAUUGAUCUACACUUCGAGGACAAUUAUUCCAUUGAGUCCUCUUGGGAAUGUAAAUUUGACAACAUUGAGGUUCGCGAUGGACCGUUUGGCUUCUCCCCGAUACUUGGGCGGUACUGCGGUCAGCACAGCCCACCAGAUAUCAGGAGUAGUGGCCGAUACCUGUGGAUAAAAUUUGUGACGGAUGGAGAACUGGAAGGGGUGGGAUUUUCAGCAAGUUACAACUUCACAGCAGAUCCCGACUUUGCUGAUUUGGGAGUACCCCCACCUCUGCCCUCCUGUCAGUAUGACAUGGUUGGUCCAGAAGGUAUCGUUGAGUCCCAUCAGAUCACCAGAGAUGGGAAAGCUGGUGCCGCUGAGGCUGUCGACUGUAAAUGGUACAUCCGUGCUCCACCCCGUUCCAAGAUCUAUCUGCGUUUUCUGGACUAUGAAAUGGCAAACUCCAAUGAAUGCAAGCGCAACUUUGUAGCAGUGUAUGAUGGAGGAAGCUCUGUGGAAGACCUGAAGAGCAAGUUCUGCUCCACAGUGGCCAACGACAUCAUGCUGGUGUCCACACUGGGAGUUAUCCGGAUGUGGGCGGAUGAGCUCAGCCGCAAGAGCCGCUUCCGCAUCCUUUUCACAACCUACCAAGAACCUCCAUGUGAUGCUGAUGCCUUCUUUUGUCACAGUAACAUGUGCAUAAACUACACUCUGGUGUGCAAUGGCAUGCAGAACUGUGUCUACCCCUGGGAUGAGAAUCAAUGCAAAGAGAAAACUAAUACCAAAUUCCUGGACAAUCUGAAUUCCACAAAUGGGGCCAUAAUUGGUGUGACUUGCUGCAUCGUCUUCAUCCUCCUCAUUGUCUCGGUAAUUGUUCAGAUAAAGCAGCCGCGUAAAAAGUACAUCUUGCGACGAGAAGACUUCGACCCCACCAUGUUUCAGGAGGUCUUCGAGCCCCCUCACUAUGAGCUAUGUACUUUACGGAGUGCUGCCACACCCACAGCAGCCUCUGCAGAUUUGGUUGACUUGGCGGAGGACUUCGAGAACUACCAUGCCCUGCGCCAGGCCUCCUCCCGCUGCAUCCAUGACCACCACUGUGGCUCCCCCUCCUGCCCUGGAUCCGCGCACAUAUCGCAGCUAUCGCUGAGUGGACGAGGGAGCCGGAGUAACUUAAGUGCCCGUGACUCAGGGGCCGCAGCAGCUCUGCUCGCAGACCUUCCACAGCCGCCCAUGUCUGUGCGGCCGCUGCUGCCAGCCACAGGGAACCGCAGGAGCAUCUUAGUCAUGAAGCACAGCUACUCGCAAGAGGCGGCAGACAAUGGGUGCGACCUGGACGAUGACCUGGAAGAAGUUCCCACGACGAGCCACCGACUGUCGCGCCACGAAAAGGCAGUACAGCGGUUCUGCCUCAUUGGCUCUUUGAGCAAACAUGAAUCAGAGUACAACACAACUAGGGUCUAGGAGACAAUCCCAAGACUUCUUGAGAAUAGUGCUAUCCUGGAACAGUACGAACGGGCGUCACUGACACAUGACAAAGCGGAGCGGAGAUUUACACCAGCAUGAUGCUGAUGAUGAUGAGGGGACACUUUAAUGAAAUGGAUACUGGAGGUGUAUUCAUGGGCAAAGAUUACAAAGGACUAGAUGGAAAUACUCUAGCCACAAUGUUGUGAAGGACGGAUAUCUGAAAAACAGUCAUCUGUGCUGCUGAUGCAGUUUUGUGACUUUUAUAGAAGGAACACAGUUCAAGGACCUCUGUUUGGGCUGCGAAACAUCUGCGUUUCAACAUAAAUUCCUUCUGACCACAAAAGAAGUUUGAUUGAACAUAUCUAAGUUCAUUUUUCAGCAUGUCUUUUUUUCAGUCAAUGGCAUACAUGUUAUGAUUUUCACAACAAAUUAUACAAGCUUGCAAUUGGUCUAUUCUCUUUGAAUUUAACUCUACGUAUUACUAAACUAUUUUUUUAUUUUGGGUUUAUGAAAGCUCGGUUUUAUGUUGGAUAACAAUCUAAGGUAGAGGUGUGUGGGUUGUGCAUGCUCUUUUAUUUUCCAUUAGACCAUUAACAUACUAACAUUAAAGUUGAAAAGAGAAACACUUAUUCAUACACUAUAUGAGCUUCAGAUGCUAUUUAAAUAGCAUUCACAAAUGAGUCAAAUACAUUGCAUGGUGUGUGGGUAAAUCACUACACGGCGUUCUUCAAUCAUAUUUUCACAAUUUAAUUUGAGUUUGACGUUGCUGUCUUUUGAUAUGUUGACUAACUUUUUGACUUAAACUUUCACUUUAAAAUGAGCCUUUUUGACAAAUAUUUAAGUCUGACUGACUUCUCUUCUACUGAAGCUCAAUAUCUUUGUAUAAAAACAGACUUUUAUAAUAGGAAAAAAUGAAGUGUUAUACAUUGUUCAACUUAUCUGUCAGGGCUUAUUUUGCUGAUGCUUUUUAAAAUAAAUGCAAUGCUUAUUCUUUUCUUUGAUUCAUUAGAUGUCAAUCAGUUCCUUCAUGUGUCCAUUAAGCGUGUCCUCAGAUUGUUGAACAAACCAUUAAUAUCUCAAAAUCCCAGACUUUUUAUUAAUACCUGUAACAGAUUUAGUUGUGACAUAAUUCUUUAAUAGUGUGUGUUUCUUCUGAUUGAAAGUAAGGUUAACAUUUUGAGGGGGCCCAGCCAGAAUGUGUUACAGAAUCUGGCCAUUUAUGGAGGGAGCUAAAGAUUACAGUGAUAUCAAACACUUGGAUCUCAUCGCCAAAUGUAAACUAUAUAAAUAUUAGUCAUAACUUUAUUCUGUUUCAUAUUAUGUUACGUAUUUGGGUGUAUCUAAACUUAUGCACAACUAAAACGGUAAAGAGGAACACUUUGUAAAAACAUAAAUUAUCAAAUAAUGCAUCUUUGUUUUGCUUAGUGCCUCCUAGAGAGAUGGAGUGUGUCAAAUUUAUUCUGUCACUGUUCUUGGAAAAUCAUAAUCUUAUCUUCCAUUGAUAUAUGAUUUUUUUCUUUUUCUAUGUUUAUUGGUUAAUUAGAAAAUACUGUAUGUUCAAAUCACUUGUGUGUUAACUACUUCAUAUCAAACUGACAAAAUCGUGAUCAGUGAAGACGAAGAAUUUGGAUAGAUUAGCUUGUAUAAGGUUAAGGUUAUUUAAUUUAAGUGUUAUUUUAUUGCAGUAAUAUUUUUGAAUAGCAUUUGCAUUUAUUCCAAUGCCAGUGACAUUAAAUUGCAAUGUACAUGCAAUUUAAUGAAUGUGCAUUCCAUGGUAUUUUUUUAAAUGCCUAAGAAAAUUAUUUCAGCAUGGCUCUGCUAGGGAUUAAAUUAUAUAUAAUACAGCAUAAGAUGCAUAGAAAAUUGAUGCCUGAUCAUAAUUUAUUUAAAACUAAGUAUCUUUGUAAGCCACUGAACCACAAUGCAGCUACUCAAGUUUCAUAGAAAUACACAUGUUUACAUAGCAAACAUGAAAAUAGCAUAUUGGGUGAUAUUGACAACUUCUGCUUCUUGGCUUUUUUAAAACAACAAAUAAGAAUUUAUCUAUUAUUUACCUAAUUUUAAAAAUGAUCUGAAGCCCAGAACAUUUUUGUAAUCAUAGUGUUUAUGUUUUUUUCUGGUAUGUAUACAUUUAUUGAUGAAAUGGGGUGUACUUCCAUUAUCACAUGUCUACAAAAAAGAACAGUAUAGCUAUCCAAAUAGCUGGUAUAGUUUUGUAAGAAAAAACUAACAGAUAAAAAUGGUUUGUGUUUACAAUCAUGAGGAUUAUCAUAGUGAUUACACAUCCAUUAAUCAUAAUUAUAUCCUGGUCAUCAUUAUAAAAUCAACGUUACACAUUGAGCUUUAACAGUCAGUCGUUGGUGUUUAAUUGAGUCACAGUCCAGUAUGGAAUAAAAAAUAUUAGUCUGUUUAGCUGCAGCAGUUGUUUUUAGAUGGCUCCAUUAAUAAAAUAAAAUGACUUAUUUUACACUGUUGACUUAAAACUAUUUUGUAGGACAUAACACGGCUUUGCUCUUAGGCUGAAGUAAUAAAUUUGACUCCGGUCUUUCCAAACCAUGAAUCUUUUUUUUCCUGUUGUUUUCCAUCUAUUCUGUCAUUAAUUUGAAUGGAUUUGUGUGCUUUCAUUUUUUGUCAUUUGGCAUGACUUAAUCUUUCUUAAACAAAGUACUAUGGUUUGCUGCCCCGACAUUCACCUAAAUGGUUUUGGACCACAAAACUCAAUUUCAAGAGGUUUCAGAUAUAAAGAGAAAACUUUACUGUUUGCCCAACAUCAGAGCUGUAAGAUUAAGGCUGCCCUAGCAUGAAUGAUGCAUUACAGUAACUGGUUUACACUUCAAAUUUCCCAAACCUCACAGUCCCACUCACACACAAGCACACAUGCAAACACACGCUCACAUUUCCCCAACAAGGACCAUUUUGCUAAAAGCAGUCUAAUUUAUUACAUCAGAUAUGAGUUAAUGAUUAACUAUACAGAUAAAGAUCUCUCAAAUAUUUUUCUCCCGGUUUAAUGACUUAUUAAAUUUUAAGAUUUACAUAAUCAUACUCCUGUCUAGAUAACUAGACAAGAUUUAACACUUAUUUACUGUUUAGUUUAACAUCAUGUUGCCAUUCGGUGUUAAACUAAAUGGGUGUUUAGUUUAACGCCCAUUCACACUAAAUGAGCGUUAAACUAAACCCAAUUAGUUUUACACCGAAUGGCAACAUGCAAAUGAGAUUAGAUUUAGCAUACUGUUGUGCAACAGGAAUUGUAUCAAUGUUUUAUGACAUUAUGUAAACCCUAUUUAUUCACUAUUAAUAAAAUUAUUAGUAGAGUUUAAUUUUGGGGUUUGUUUUUUUUUAGGAAAAAGAAAAUCCGGGCACCAUUUCACAGACUCGUUAACCAAACUCGUCAGUCUGACGAGUUGUGAAUUGAACCCCACUGAACAGAUAAUACUUCACACAUUUACCUGAAUACACAACUUAUUUUAAAAGCUUCUGAAUUUAGAAACAAAAUUACAUUCCCCUUACAGUCAAAACAUUCAGCCAACAACUCCCAUAUCAGACUACUAAUUAUGCAAUCUACUGCUCUACAGACAAUGAACAAUCAAGAAUCAAAUCGACUAACUAAUGAACUAUAAUUAAGGGAUGGAAUACUGAAAUAUACUUCAAGACUAAUGAGCUAAUUAAGAAUAUAUGUGAGCAAAACAUGUGAGGGUAGACAAGGAGAAAGAAAAUGGGGAGGCGAAGAUGUCAAGCGUCACGGCAAGGAAACCACUUGCGCAAAAAGCAAUAAAUCUUAAACGUUUGGCCUCGCAUAGCCUUUAGAGCUACACAAAAGGCACAAAACACGUGUGUGUCACUUAGGAGGAUUUUUCCACCGCCAAUUUAUCUCUGCAGCUUGUGAUGAGUUUAUUACGGAAGAGGAUUAGGGCCACUGGAAAAAAAAAAAUAAAACAGU